GAAUCAACAUGUCUUUGGUCUACAUCAUCCUGAAAGUGCUGCUGUGUGUCGUCUAUGUUGUCCGGGUCAGUCUGGAUAGCCCCAAAGAGUAUGCCUGCGAUGGUAUUCCAUGUAACAUGACCGUCUUUGACAGUGGGGGAGAGGAAGGAUUCACUUCUACCAAUAUCAACUGGUACGUCUUGAUAUGGGUGAGAAGACCAUUGGCUCUGUGGAUCGUGGAGGUCGUAUUGUCUCUAGUCACUUUAUUCAAAACAAUCAUGAUGACGUCAAUCACAGGCAAGGGAAACUUCUUCAUUGCAAUUGCAUCAAGGUUUUUCUUCCUGGAGUUGUUUUGUUGUGUUCCAGUCGUGUUGACUAUUCUGUGGCCUCCGGUGUUACAAAACAUUUUCUUCCCAACUUUCCUCAACUGCUGGUUGGCCUUAAUGUCUUUAAGAAACCUUUUGAAUGACUUUCAUUUGGCCAAGCAGCGGUUCCAGACGAUGUCGGUGACACUUUCUCAACAAUCCUGGUUUCUCAUUGCCUCCCUUUGUUGCUUAGUAUUCACCACGAUUUGUGGAAUUCAGCACAUACAACGUGGUAGUGCAGAAAGACCAUUGAAUCUGUUUGAGUCUGUGUACUUUGUGGUGGUGACCCUGUCAACCGUGGGCUACGGAGACAUUUCACCUGACAUAUGGCUGGGUCAGCUGUACAUGAUCAUUAUGAUUUGUAUUGCCUUUUCCUACAUCCCUAGACAGGUUGAGGAGAUUGGUUCAACAUGGGCCCAGAGAAAAAGAAUGGGAGGGGACUACAGCAAGAGAGCAUCAGCCAGAAAUAAGCAUGUAGUUGUUGUUGGUUCUCAGUUCACCACAGAAUCUGUCAUGAGCUUCCUGGAUGAAUUCUUCGAGCACCCAAAACUGGAGAACUACACUGUGAUCUUGAUGAGCUCUGAAGAACUUGAUGACAAUAUGCAGUUUAUUUUGAAGGAUCCAAAAUGGGCUCUCAGGGUUUUGUAUAUUCGAGGAUCAGCUUUGAAAGAUAUAGAUCUAAAACGAUGCAGAAUCAAUGAAGCCGAAGCUUGUUUCUUCCUUGUUAACAAGAAGAGCUCCAACAUGGAGAAAUCUGACCAACACACAGUUCUAAGAUCAUGGGCAGUGAAGGAUUUUGCUCCCAACUGUGCCCAGUACAUUCAAUUGUACAAGGCUUCUAAUAAAAUACAUGUCAAAUUUGCAGAACAUGUAAUCAGCGAAGAUGAAUUUAAGUUUGCCUUGCUUGCAAACAAUUGCCUCUACCCUGGCCUGUCAACUCUAGUCACUUUGAUUUUACACUCUUCAAAAGGAAACGACAACUCCUGGGCUCCAGAGCAGUGGCAACAGACCUAUGAAAAACACUCUGGAAAUGAAAUCUAUCACAUACAGCUACAACGAAGUGUAUUUUUCAAGGACUAUGAGGGGAAGAAGUUUACUUUCGCGUCAGCAGAUGCUCAUAAAAAAUACGGAAUCACUCUAUUGGCUGUAUAUGAUAGCACAGCUCUAGAGGCCCAGCUUCAGCUCAACCCUGGACCAGACUACAUACUGAAGAGCUACGAUUACUGCUUCUACAUGAGUCUGGAGAAAGAAGAGAACAUUAAAUUCUCACCUAAGGCUCUUAUGGAAGACAAACAGAACACUGGUGGCUCCCUGGCUGCUGAGUCCAGAGAAAAGAAUAUUGCUCUCAUUGUGAAGGAGAUGACUAAAUUAAUGGAAGGAAAUGACGGAGGAAGUGGCGGUGCUACAGAUGAUGAGUCUGUCUUUAGCACUAUCACAUCCAACAUGGGAAGUAACCUGGGCAAGGCUUUGAGGAAAGGCCUUGAAGCCGAGCCACUGUUGUCCAGAGACAGACAUCACUCCGACAUGGGCAGUGCACCAGAAACCCAGACAGACCAGAAAGAAUCGUUUGAGCGUGAACAUGCGGCGACUGUUCCUUCUAAAAUAGUGCAGCAUAUGAUUGACCUGGGAAAGGAAAAUUUUACCAUUGGGCCACCACCAAGCACACUGAAUCUUGGCACCAGACGCACACUGUGUCAUCUGCACAAGGAGGCCCGCCUACUGUGUUGUUUAAAAUGGGGAGAACCGUGCUCUCAUUGCUCCUACAAAGUUGCCACUGACAGAAGAUGGGAUAAUCAACUUGUCAUCUUAUCUGUUCGACAAUCAUGCCCAGGGCUCUACAAUUUUAUAAUCCCUCUGCGGUCCAAUUAUCUCAGCCUGCUGUCCCUCAGACCAAUCAUUAUCAUGUUUGAAGAAGUUCCCACCAAGUUAUUUCUACAAACCAUUGCCAAUUUCCCCCUUGUGUUCUGGAUGCAAGGCGCCUUAAGCAACUUAGACGACUUGCUGAUUGCUGGUGUGCAUAAAGCUAUGCAUCUGGUCAUCUCGCACAUCGAGACUGACCCAGGACGAGAUGAAAACCUUAGCGAUGCUGAGACAAUCAUUACAGUUCAGAAAAUUUCUAGGCUUUUUCCACAUGUGAAUAUCAUCACUGAAGUGAAUGAAGCCUCCAACAUGAGAUUUAUGCAUUUCAAGCCCAAGGACACAUACACGCUCAAGAUAAAAACACAUGAAAAGAAACUGAAACAACAAGCAGCAAGUCACCUUCCGCACAUGUUCCGACUGCCAUUUGCUGCAGGCCAGGUUUUCAGCUCUUCAAUGUUGGAUAGGUUAUUAUAUCAGACAUUUGUGAAAGGCUAUUUAAUCAGCUUUGUAAGACUUCUGCUUGGAAUUGAUGCAGAGAAGGACUCUGGCCACUUGUCAAGUGUGCGUAUUCAUCGUGGAACUUUGAGACAAUUUCCAACUUAUGGAGACCUCUUCCAGGGGUUAGCAUCCACAACAGGUGAAAUUCCAAUCGCUAUUUACAGAACAGAGAAACAAAAUCCAUCUCUGAUUGAGGGCAACCUACAUGGGCUGCCAGAUGGUCUUGGUUUAAAAAAGAAGAACAAUUCUCUGCUGAACAUGCUCCACAUUCAUAGUCACCAGCCGAGAACCAGAAGAAAUAUGCGAGCUGCCCGCAUGUCAGUGGCUGGAUUUGUGGACAAAGACAAGAACAGUAACCAUCAUCUAGAAGAAAUGGUUCAGACAAGAAUGGACAGUCUUGGCCUGUCCCAGGGAAAUUACAGAUAUGUGAUUGAAAAGUCAGCAAAAACCUUGUCAUAUGUGAUUGUAAAUCCCCCACCGGGAAGGAAACUGAAAAACAGAGACAUGGUCUAUGUCAUUCAGCCCAGCUCAAUGCAAGCAGUUCCAAAUAAGCUCGCUCGCAGAGGAGGCAGCCUGAAUAAAACAGCUCGUACCCGCCACAUCAGCUUCAACCACCCAAAGCUGAAGACCACCACAGUGGACACAAGUGACUACAGUUCCCUAGGUCUAGGUCAAUCAUUAACUAGCAUUCAUGCAAGUUCUCUGCCGUCGUCACCAGUUGAGGCGAUAAGUGAGAGCCAGACAGAUCUGCUUACAGUGCCCCGAGUAGUCUGGUUCAAAGUCAAUGGUGACACGGGGGGCGAGCAGGAUGCUGAUGCUGAUGACGAGGAUGACAACCAAAGAAGACCCCGGUGCAUGUCAGAAUCGUAUGUUGAUCACAAAAAUUCUUCUUUUGCCUAA